UUGUCGUUCUGUUGACAUGUUAAUAAUAAAACCAAACAAAAAAUUUAUAAUAUUUUCCGCUAAUCAAGAGCAUUAAAUGCAUUAGAUUUUCACUCAAUUAAUUCGCCAAGUGACGUGGAAAUCGGUUGUGAGUUCGGAAGUUAUUAGCUGCGAGCAAUGGAGGUUUGCGGCCUAAAACAGCAGCCCAGCCCUGAAAGUUAUUAACAAAAUCACGCACUUGCAUUAGAUGACUAUACAAAAGUACAGUGUGGGCAUGGCAAUGCCAUUUUUCAACUGCUACACGGUUUGCGACAUGUUUCGAAGGAAGAAAGUGGACAAGAAAAGGCUGGAGCACAAAUUGUACUUGGCCAGAGAAUCCCCAGAGCCAGUCUUUGACUUAUCGCAUUGCGAUUUGGUAGAAGUCCCCACUGGAAUUUACUCCCUUUGUAAAGUUUUCCUCAAAAGAUCACUUCUGCUUCAACAUAAUUCGCUUUCCUCACUGUCUGGCGGAGGCGAGCUGAACUCUCUAGGCCAUUUGAUCAUCUUGGAUAUUUCAAACAAUGAUAUUUCAACGCUCCCAAGCGAGAUUUCUGCAUUGAAAAGCUUAGAGGAACUCUACGCAAAUAGCAAUAAACUCAACGGGCUCCCCGACUCAAUUUGUUCGUUAGAAAACUUGAAAAGUCUUAGUCUAAGUGAAAAUAAACUCCGGAACCUGCCUGAAGAGAUGGGCAAGUUGGCAAAAUUGCAAAAGUUGUAUUUAACAGGCAAUCCAAACUUGAGGCAUUUGCCGAAGACUAUUUGCAAGGCUAGAAGGCUGGUUCUCAUUGAGUUGACUACCGGAAAUUUUCUCUAUCCUCCCUGUGCGGUUGCGGAAGCAGGAACAGAAGCAAUUAAGAAAUUUAUCAGUGACGACGUUGGCGCCGAAUAUAUUCCUCCCAACCAGAUGGGAGAUGAGAGCAGUGAGAUGAUAAACAAGCCCAAUUUAGAAGGCGAAAACGACACACUCUACAAUUUGGUAUUAAAAGGCAGAAUUCUGGAUCUAGAAACUGAGAAGUUGAAGCGGAUGGAAAAACUGAAAUCCAUCCAGGAAAACAAUGACUUGCUCCUAAAGCAGGAGUUUGAGAUGGCGACUGUGCAUAAAGCCAAUAAGCAGCAGUUGUUAGCCUCAAUAAGUCGCCAGCAAUCCAAGCUAGAUUUCAAACUGAGCCAAAUUCAGCAGGAACGCGAGACUGACAAAUUUAGACUGAUCGAGCAGCUGCAGGAAGUUGAAAACAACGCCGAUAUCGCCAUAAAGAACCUCCUGAGCAUCAGCAAGGAGCCAGCAGCGCAGCUUCUAGAGCAGGAAAGGGAGGAGGAAGAAAAGUUGCUGGCUGCUCUUAACAGGGAGCACGAUACGAUAUCAAAAAGCCAUGUUCUGGCAGCAAUGCAGGAUAUCUUGAAGCAGGAGACGGAUAUGUUUAGCAAACUAGACAAGAACCGAAUAGAAAUGUCGCGAAGUAUUUUAGAGCAAGAGUUGGAUUCAGGCUCGAAGCUAGCCGAUAUUUUCCGAAACCAAGACUUGCAGAAAUCGAACUGGGUGGCCAAGUUAAUGGAGGAUAACGAUCUACAAAAAGCGGCCGUUAGCACGCUUUUGGAAAGAGGCGACGCCAGAAGCUGGGGCUUGUUACAGCAAGUACGACUGGUUGAAUCGCAGUUAGGGGCCUUAACCAACAUAGAGCUGGACAGGAAGAAAUUGCGAAUGGACGAACAUAUCAACGAUUUAGCUGAGAAGAGGUUGAAUCUUUCGCGACUGCUAACGGAUUUAUUGGCCCAACAGAAGGAAAGAAGGGCCCAACUGUUAUCAACGCUUCAAAUAAUGGAAGAGCACAGCGCGGAAGAUUCCGAAGAUUUCUGGUUGAGGCAAUAUCAGCGCCUGCUGGAAAAGUUGCCUGAAGGCCUGUCGCAGGCCCAGAGAAACAUUGAUCCGAAACUGGCUGAAAUGCUACUAGCCAAUGGGGUUUUGCACUGUUUGCCAUUUUUAGCCAAACUCACUCAGUGCCAAUCCAACACCAAGAGCAUAACGGAGCAGCAUCUACUAGAAGCAGGAGUGAAAAUUCCCGCUGACCGACUGAAGAUUCUAGAUGCGUUGCAGCUCUACUCCAAAGAGCAUAUUUCGUGCGAACACGCGCCAUCGGCUCCAGUUCUUCAAGACGAAGCAUCGGCGCCUCCAAACCCACCAGCUGAUAUUAAAGCCAUAGUCACUUUGGAGUGCGUUGUUUGCUUGGAUUGCCGGUGCGAUGUGAUUUUUGUGCCUUGUGGCCACUUGUGCUGCUGCUCUGAAUGCUCGGCAUCAGUGGGACAGUGUCCUCUAUGCAGGGCGGGAAUUGAACGGAAAAUCACCAUGCUGCAAGCGAAUCUUUAAAUAUUUACUGCAAUUCGAGCACAAGACUUUUAAUGGUUUUCUACAUAUUUUCUAUUCACCCUAAACUAAGGUUCCAGUCCCGCAACUGCAAUAUUACGUCGGAAAAACAACCGCCUCAGUAACAAUCAAUUGGAUUUUAUCGACUUGCUAAUCGGAGCACUUUUCCUAACUACCAGUUGAAUGCCUAAUCACAUUUAGAAUAGCCACGUUUUAAAGCGACGUUUACGUUAUUGUUGUUAUCGCAUUUACUGUUGAAACUGAAAUAAAAAAAAUCGAGAAUUUAA